AUGAAGACUUCGAUAUCAUCAGAUGUGUGGGAGAAGAAGAAGGCUCUCAUUGCCAAACUGUAUAUGGAGGAAGAAUGGCCACUCAAACAGGUCAUUAAACAGAUUCGUUCGGAUGAUUUCAACCCAAGUGAAACACAAUUGCGCAGUCGCCUCAAGAAAUGGCGUGUCACAAAACCCUCUCGCCAAACUCGCAAGAAGCCUCAAGGUGUAGAUGAUGAUUUUGACAAGGAUGGAAGAUCUUCUACUGCCUCUCCUCGCAAUCAGAAACGAUCACCGAUUCCUAGAGAUGCGGGCAAGCACCCGGAGUGGGCGCAUCCCCUCUAUGCGCCUCAACCUCAUGUCGUUUCUCAACAACUGACUCCCAGUCCAUCGGGAGAUGGUUUAAUUCGCGAUCCCUCGGCCGUAUUUGCCGACCCCGCUCCAUCUACCUCUUCUUUCGAACACCCCGGUCAAACGUCCACCGCGGCCCCAGGCUUGAUGGUGAAUACUUCCUCUGUCGUGACUCCGACCUAUUCCACUCUCCCACUUUCACCUGAGUCAUGUAUCCCCAGUCCGGGGGCAACAAAUGCUCAAAUGGCCCAGUGGCCUCCUCGCUCAGUCUCUCUCGACUUGGGUCUUAACCAAACGAUGCAUCCCCCAGCCCCUUGGUACUCAGUCCCUUUUGAACCAGUCACUCCGCCAUCCACUGUCCCUCACUCUGCACCUCUUCCGACUUCGGCCUCAUACAUGAUUCCUCCCCAGGGGAUGUUCCCUCCAGAGUUCGCUCACUACCCUGGUGAAGACUAUCAAAUUUACGACUCAAAGCCAUGGAAGCGUACCAUGUCUCUUCAAUACGAUUACGGUCAACAUCAACAUCACCACGGCCAUGGCCAUGGCCAUGGCCGCCUCGAUCACUCCGACAGAAAGUAUCAUCACCAGGCCUACCACCAUCCCCAUGGCGACAUGGUUUCUCUCCCACCUAGUCAACCAGUGAUGUGCGCGCCCAUGAUGCCGUACUCCAACUGA